GCAAUUUCCUCUCACAGCCGCGGCGAAAAUGCUGCUAAAACUCGUCGAAAAUGUGUAAGAAAAACCGCAGUUUCCGCGCCUGAAUCAUCCGCCACAAACUUGCAACACAAAUUCGGUUUUAAUUGUUUCUUUUAGUUCGCGGAUUUUCUCAACUCUAACAGAUGCCGGAAAGCUUGCUUUUACCCGCGAGUUACAUCGUGAUGGCGGAAGCCGAACCCGACCUAAGCACUUUUGAGAACAAGACCGGAUUGGCCGAAGACAUGAAGUUUCUGGCCUCCAUGCCGGAGCUCUGCGACGUCACCUUCCUGGUGGGCGACACCAGGGAGCCGGUGUGCGCUGUGAAGGCGGUUUUGGCAGCGAGGUCCAGAGUCUUCCACAAAAUGCUCUACCAGGCCCCUAGCCCCCAGCGCAAGAAGGAGCCUCCACCACGUGAAAACAAACUCCGGUUGUUCCUCAAACGCUCGUCGGAGCCUCUCCUCAACCUCCAGAACGCUUCCCAGCAGAGAGGGUUCACCCAGCAGCUGGCCCCUAUCCAAGAGCCGCCAUCUCAACAGCACCAGACUCUUAUUAUCGAAGAGUUCGAGCCGGAUGUUUUCAGACAGUUGAUUGAGUAUAUCCAUACUGGAUGUGUGACUCUUCAACCUCGCACAUUAUUGGGUGUGAUGAAUGCGGCCGAUUAUUAUGGUCUAGACGAACUACGAAGAGCUUGUGCAGGUUUCGUCCAAUGCUGCAUAAACGUGGACACAGUGUGUGCCCUUUUGGCCUCAGCCGAGCGCUACAUCCAGUACAAAUGCACCAAGUCUUUGGUCCAGAAAGUUCUAGAGUUUGUGGACGAACACGGCAACGAGGUCCUCAAUUUGGGUUCCUUUACUCUUCUACCCCAACACGUUGUCAGACUGAUUUUGGCUAGAGAUGAGCUACACGCUGACGAAUUUACAAAGUUUCAAGCGGCACUUAUGUGGGGUAAAAAAUAUUGUGAUAACAACCCCAGCACCAGCCUGAAGGACGUGAUAGGUAACUUCUUAGAGUACAUUCAGUUCCAUAAGAUACCGGCAAAUGUCCUAAUGAGGGAGAUUCACCCCUUAGGCUUGGUGCCCUACAACAUUAUAAUGAAUGCGCUAGCAUAUCAGGUGCAGUACCCAAAAUUUAGGUUUUUGUGCGGCAUAUGCAGCUUUAUCGGAUUAUUUACUUAUUUCGUUUCACUUGUUGCAUUGGUGGGAUCUAAUUAUUUGCACCAUUUGCCAAUUUGCACAGCAGACCCGGCAAGUGUCGACCCCGGAAAACUGUCACCCAACCGAGUAAGACGGCAGGCGCAAGGCCGUUCCAUGUCGGUGCAGAGCUCCCUGGACCCCUACGGCUCCAACACCACGUUGAGCAGCAGCGGCUCCAGCGAGCUGGCGUCUUCAGACGGCAAGCAUUCCUCCAACUAACAUACGGCCACUGUCGCGCCACAACCUCCACCUCCACCGCCCCUGACUCCCUCCCCCCAUCACUACCCCCAUCCGCCCACGGUGACGGUGUCGUCGUCGUCGCCCUCCUCCACCCCCCAGUCCUCCCCCGCGCACACCUUCACCUUCACCAUCGUGCUCAAGAAGGUCACCCCCAAGGAGUGAGCCGGGCCUCCGGGUUUAGCAAUAUUUUCAUGCAGAUCAACGUUCAUUUAAUCUUGUGAUAUUUCGUCGAUUUUUGAUGACAAUCCUUGACGCACACACUGCAUGACGAUAUUUGUUGUUGAAUUUAUCCAUAUCAAUAAUGUUUGUUGGUUAUUUUCGAGUAACGUCUUACCUCUCAUACCUUUGGUCAAAAAUUUAUACCACCUGAAAUAUAUACCUAGAUAUCCUAGUGUUGAGGCGCAACAGUGGCUUGAAUUCUGUCGUUUUUUAUUUACGAUUAUUUAUAAGGAGCUUAUAUGUGUCCAAAAAGGUGUUGUAUUGUAAUAUUUACCGGAGCAAUUCGUUGGUAAUUUUCAGUGAAACAAAAUAAUAAAUUCGCCAAUUGAAAAGCAAUGUAACUUUCGUGCAAUAUUUGUUUAUAUAUUUAUGGUGGUUCCAGUUUGUAAGUAUUAUUAAAAUGGAUUUCGUGUGCUUCAUUUCAUUUGAUUCACUUUGUGGGUAGUUUAUAACACUUGCUUGAGUCAAAUAUCACUCUUUUUUUUUCCAUUCAUAGACUAUCAACACUUGAUUUGUAUAUUUUACGAAAUUAAAGAACUUUGUUUAAUCGUUCUUAGAUGUUGGUUAUAAACUGGAUGUUGUUAAUAAUAGAAGAUAAAUAAAAAAAUGUAAUGCAUGUUAAAUAAUACGAGUAAAACAGAUUGGAAAGGUAUCUUUCAAAUCGUUAAAAUGUUUUGACCAAAUAAUCAACUGUAUAUGUGGGCUAAGAUGUUAUAAAUAUAUUUAUUUACUUAAAA